AAAAGUUUCUUCAAUAUCGAAAUAUUUAGUUUCUAAAACAAACUUUUAUAUGUAAAAAAAUAUUUCCAUUAUAAAUCCAAAGUUUGGUCAUAUGGCAUUUUUAGUAGUGUCGUCGCCUCGACGGUGGGAGUUUCCAGUUUUUAGCACGGCUUAGGUCUAAACACGACAAAAUUCUCCAUUACAACAAAAAAAUGUCCAGAAAAACUAGUCCAAAUCACAGAAAUACGUAAAUAAUAUUUGUUCGUAAAUAUUUAUAAGAAAUUUAAAAAAAAAACGGUGGCCGUUUCGGAAAUAUUGGAUCCAACGGGAAUUGUGGUGGUCCGCAUUGCAGUGUUGUGUUAUACGUCCGUUUUCCGUUUUCGGACUUCGAAGGUUCUUUUUGGUUGAAGAAGGGCGAAGGCUCGGGUCAGAGUCGAGGCAACUCAACCGACUUCAUCAUUCAUCCGGAUUAUGAACAAGUGAAGAUCCACCGGGCUCGACAUGGUCAGGUAUUACGAGAGCAAAACCGUCUUUCAGUUUACCUGGGACCAGGUCGUCCAGGGAUUCUGGAGGAGGUACCCGAAUCCAGAAAGCAAGCACGUCCUGUCUGAAGACACAAUUCACAGGGAAGUGAAGGGGAAUAAGCUGUUCACAAAAAGACUUCUAACUAAAACAAACAGGGUCCCCAAGUGGGGAGAAAGGUUCGUCGGGACACCAAUUGUCAAAGUUAUCGAGGAGUCGGUUGUAGAUCCUAAAGAAAAGGUGCUCACAACUUACACCAAAAACCUUGGUUACACAAAAGUUAUGAGUGUUGUUGAAAAGGUUACAUACAGAGUUAGCGAAGAGAACCCCAACUGGACUAUAGCAGAGAGGUCUGCGUGGGUAGAUUCUCAAGUGCUAGGGUUCGGACGAGCCAUCCAGGCGUUUGGAGUGGAACGGUUGAAAAAGAACUGUGUCAAGAUGGUGCGGGGCUUCAACUAUGUCUUGUCCUCGAUGUUCCCACCCUCGAUCCAACCACAUGCCCCUAUGACAAACGCUGAGAAGCUGAGGGACGCGGCUAAGAAAGCGUCGGAGCUGGCCAAGGCUAAGGCGGAAACCCUGUAUGCCAAGUGCGAGCCAUCCGUUUGAUCUCAAGACUUUUGCCUGAGUCUGUUAAAUUCAGCAACAUGGAUAGCCAUCAUCCGACUUACAAACUUUAACCCUGUCGGUUGUUAUACAGCGAGCAAUAAAAUCCUUUCUGUCACUGUGUGUACAAAUCCGAUGGUUUGUUGUUACCGAAUAUAAUUUUGCCAGAUUUGUUUUAAGUGCAUAAAACAGAGUAAAUUGGAGAUGGGUUGAGCGGACGUUUUAUGAGUUGAUGUGUACACUACUCAAUCAAAAACACUAGUUUUCUUACGGAUGUAUUAGCUAUGAAUUUUGUGUAGAUCAUUCCAUUCUGUUCAACAUUUUCGUUAGUCAACAUUCUACAACUGUCACUAUCUUUCAAUAUCAUUCCAAAAAAAAAAAAAUUAGACAAAGCCAUUUAUUUCAGCAGUCUGAUUAUUGUGUUCAAUCUUUUACAUUCUCAAAUUACUUAAGAAUGACAAAAAGCCUUAGCACCAGAGAGGCCCUGUGCAAUUUUAAGAUAGACUAUUAAUUACAAUGCAACAAUUAUAUGUUAAAAUUUAGUUAUAGCAUCAUGUAAUUUGUAGAUUAAAUAAAACAUUUCCAACAGUA